AGUUGUCAACAGGCGUCAGAUACAUUGCAAGACACAACAGUCUAUAUCGACAGCAGAUCAGCGGACUCAAUAACACACGUCCUGAUAUUCUCGAAGAUGAGGAAUCGCCUGGUGUCUCUGACCAACUCUUCCACCAGCUGGAAUCAGGAAAUGGUCGUGGGCUCAACAAUUCCGUGUCCAGUCAACUUCCUAUGAGAUUGAGGGAGUGUUUCCUUGCCGCGAGAGCGUACUUAGCGGUAGCUGAUGAGUUCCAGGACAACGCAUUGACGGAACAGGUUGAGCAGGAACUAGAACGAUGUGUUUUUCUUCUGGACAAGGUGUCUUCCGUUGUUCCGUCAGAUAAUCAGACGAUUACAAGCAUUGAAACGAAGCAUCCGAAGAGCAAAAAGAAGCGUUCCAAGGACGGGAGAUCUCCACAAUCCAAGUUGAAACUGCGACUUGAGGCUGCCGAGCACCAGACGAAAAGCGUAUUGCUUCAAAGCAUGGUUUUCAGCCAGAUUGCUUCUCGAGCAGUCCCUCAAACAUUGCAUUGCCUUUCUCUCCGAUUAACACUUGCAUGGACCAGCAACCGUGAUAACUCCGAGCAAGUGGAUACGAGGCUUCGUGAUCCGUCGCUCUAUCAUUAUGCAAUUUUCUCCGACAAUGUUAUAGCUGUCGCAGUCGUCUUGAACUCAACGGCGAUGAAUGCUCAAGAGCCGUUGAAGCAUGUGUUUCAUAUUGUGACGGAUCGAAUGAACUACGCGGCUAUGAAAGCAUGGUUCACGCUGAAUCCCCCAACAGGAGGGAUGGCAUGGGAGGUACGGAGUUUACACGAGUACCCGUGGAUCAACCCCUUGAACAUCCCAGUGCUUCGCCAAAUCGAGUCGGACGCUAUGCGAGACUACUACUUUAGAACCGCGAUGGGUCCUCGCGUUGCAGGAAAUCCUGGGAAGGAAGACUACAUUGACUUGAAGUAUCGGAACCCGAAGUAUUUGUCAAUUCUCAACCACUUACGUUUCUACCUUCCAACGAUAUUUCCAGACUUGAGCAAAAUUCUCUUCCUCGAUGAUGACGUGGUCGUUCAGAAAGACCUAACAGAAAUUUGGGAGGUCCCUAUGAUUGGGAAGGUGAAUCUAGCGGUAGAAACAUGUGGCAAGGUCUUCCACCGGUUCAAAACCUACCUGAACUUUUCAAGUCCCCUCCUGAAGCAGUAUGAUCCUGAAGGAUGCGGGUGGGCAUACGGAAUGAACCUUUUUGACCUUGAUGCGUGGAGAGCCGGCAGUUACACAGAGAAGUAUCACUACUGGCAACAGCAGAAUGAGAAUCGUACCCUCUGGAAGCUUGGAACCCUCCCGCCUGGGCUGUUGACAUUCUACAAUUCCACAGAACCUCUUGACAAGAAGUGGCAAGUACUUGGCUUGGGAAGCAAGAGUACCGUCAACCUGGAAAGCAUCAAGAACGCAGCUGUGAUUCACUUCAACGGCCAUGCAAAACCGUGGCUGGAGUUGGCAAUACCUGUAUACCAGCACUUCUGGACUCGUUACGUGCCAUACACCAACGAGUUUCUUCAACAAUGCAAUCUCCGGGAGCCUGCUUCAAAUUCGUGA